AGCAUAAAGGGGGCGUGUUCUUACCGUAUGCCAGGAAGUGUUUCCAGCUACCGAACUUUACCCAGUCGGGAUAUGACUUUUUCAUGAUUAUUUUAAAAUCCACGUUUGUCACACGACUCUAACUUUACUCACGUUCAGUCUCUGCUGGUGUUAUGGCAGUGUUUGAAAACUGCAUCGUGCUGUUAGAUGUAAAGGGUUUACCUUUUAAAGAGAAGAAGAAGCUGAGAUUAGCUCUUCUGGAUAAUGGAGGAAACAUUGCCUAUGUGAUCAACAAACAGACCACGUUUGUGGUCACAAACAAUGUGGAUGAGUUAAGCAGUAACAGACAGAAGAGCAUUCAGAAGCUGAAGAUCCCAGUGGUUGGGAUCCAAUAUAUAUGGAGUUGUCUGGAUAAAAGACAUCUCCUGCCUGUCACAGAGCAUAUUGUGACCCCGCUGACAAAUCCCAACUUUGAAACAACUUUUCUACAUCAUCCAGAGGUAAAAGUGUCAACUCAGAUACCAGCAAAAGAGUGUGCCAAAGAUCAGCCUCAACCUGGGACUAAGAUGCUUGAGAAGGGCGGACCUCGUCCCGUGAGGUUCAGAGUUUACAAAGAAGAUGACCAUGACCUGCCUAAAUUUCCCUCACACUUUCAAGUUGCCAAGUAUUUGUUUUUAGAGAAGGUUAACUCAAAGGCGGUGGCAGUUUUGGAGCUGCAGAGUGCCAAAGGAAGAAUGGGCCAGCAGUAUCGUGUCUUGUGUUACAUCUGGCUUGAAACUGAGAACAAAGCAGUUCGGGACAAGGUUGUGUUCUGCAGCACUUCUGAAGAUGCUGUGGAAGCCUAUUUGAUGCUGAUGAAAGAAAAGAAGGUUCAGUGGUUCACACAGAUAUCCACAAUCCCCCCUGAGGCUGAACAUUUGGCAUCCUACAGCUUGAAACAGCUUCUUCUGGAGGAAAGGCUGAACUGCUGCACGUUAACACAGGAAGUGGGCGUCUUUGUGGAGCUGGUUUGGACCGAAGCUCUCGGUUCCCUUAGCAAUAUCCUGACUGUCCCUGUUUCCAGCAUCAGCCUUAAUGAUGUGAGCAGGGUGGAGGGAUUGCUACUGCAGGCACAAAUGACUGAAGAUGAGGCUAAAGUCAAGACCCUGCUAGAGGAGGUCAACACUCUUCUACCCCUCCGAAUGGCUGACCCUCCUUCCUAAAGCAAGCUUGUGUCUCAGAAACUAGACCUUUGUCAGCUGAUCCGAGAUAUUCUCAAUGUGAGUGAGGCCACUCUAAGAAGCCCCUUGCCGUCCUCUCUGGGAAAGUAUCGUGCCCUGCGAUGCAGCAUUGAUGUGGUCCCAUCAGAAAACCCUGAGUUCACUGUUGUCUCUCAACUUCUUCGAGACAAGCCUAUUCAGAUUCAGCAGAUAUUGCGUGUUAGCCGGGGGGUGGAGCUUCAGAUGUUUAGGGAGAAGCUUGGCAACAUUAAGCCCCUCCUCCACUCUACUAGUUCUAGCAGUUUUGUAGGAAUAUUGUCAAGAGGUCUGCUGCUGCCCAGGGUCGGAGUGGAACAACACGGUAUUGAGAGGACAGAUAUAGGGAAUCUCGGAGGGGGAAUCUACUUCAGUGACUCUUUAAUGACUAGUGUUAAAUACUCCAAGCCCAGCUCAACCAACGGCUCUCGGCUGCUGUUGGUGUGUGACGUGGCUCUGGGACAGUGCAAAGACCUGCUGAAAAGAGACACCACUUUGACCUCUGCUCCUGAGGGUUACCACAGUGUACAUGGUGUCUGCCGCACCUCAAAAACGCCUUCGGACUUUGAGGAUGAUGAGUAUGUUGUAUAUAACACAGACCAGAUCCAACUUAAGUAUGUAGUGCAGUACACUUUAAAGGAGGACCAGCUAACAGAGUUUCAGCCUCAUAUCGACACCUCUGAGGAGCCCACGGAAAGAACAUGUGACAUCUUGUCUAGUGAUGACAGUGCAGGUCUGGAGUGCACUAAAAACCCUCUGGAGGAGAUGACCGCGGGUCUUCUGGACAGCAGUGGACAGACACUUCCCCUGAAGGCUGUCCAUGUGAGGUGCAAGCUGAUGGACCUGCUGUGUCAGGUCAUCGUUUUCCAGACCUACACAAAUCAGAGUGUAGUUCCCAUUGAAGCGAAAUACGUCUUUCCACUGGAGGAAACGGCAGCAGUGUGUGGAUUCGAAGCUUUUAUCAACGGAAAGCAUGUGAUCGGAAAGGUAAAGGAAAAAGAACAGGCCCGUAAGGAGUACAGACAGGCGAUAGAGAAGGGCCAUGGAGCAUAUCUAAUGGAUCAGGAUGCACCUGAUGUAUUUACUAUCAGUGUGGGGAACCUUCCUCCAGGAGCAACAGUUUUGAUCAAAGUGACCUUCAUCACUGAGCUGGUUGUGAAAGGCGGCUCUAUUAUCUUCUCUCUGCCGGGCAGCGUAGCACCGUGGCAACAGAGUGCCGCUCUCAAUCAGAGAACUCAGACAACUGUUGAGAAGGUUUCUGUGACCGAGCUUCAGUCAGAGGGGGAGUUCUCUCUGUGUGUGUCCAUUGAAAUGCCAUAUGAGAUCAUCAACUUAGAGUCUUCACACCUCAUCAAAACCAAGAGGACAGACUGUAAGGCUGUGGUCAGUACAUUGCCGGGACAAACUCUUGGACCUGAUGGGCUCCAGUUGACCUUCAGUCUUUCUAAGAUCCACAUGCCCAGGAUGUGGGUGGAGAACCAUCCAGACAAAGACAGUCAGGCCUGCAUGCUGGUGUUUUAUCCAGACUUUACGUCCAGCUCUGAAGAUUCAUCCAGCGUGAGUGAUGUGGUCAUCGUCCUGGACACCUCAGAGUCAAUGCGGGGAGACGCCAUGCUGAACGCUCGCAGGAUUGCUCUUCAAGUGCUCAACUCUCUCGAUCGCUCAAUGAAGAUCAACAUCAUCUCAUUUGGCACUGAUUACAAGGUGGCGUUUCCUGCACCAGUGCUCUUAGCAGAUACCUUUGAAUCAGCCAGAAAGUUCAUUAUGCAGUCUGACGGAGUGGGUGGCAGCACCGAGCUGUGGAGACCUCUGAGGAGUCUGAGUCUGCUGCCUCCGUCACAGGGCAUGAGGAACAUCCUGCUGCUCUCUGAUGGACAUGUUCAGAAUCAGCCUCUGACCCUCCAGCUGGUCCGAGAGAACUCCCGUCACACACGGGUGUUCACCUGCGGCCUCGGCUUGACAGCUAAUCGUCAUAUGCUCAGAGCGCUGGCUCAAGCAGGGGGUGGAACGUAUGAAAUUUUUGACACAAAGAUGAAACACACUUGGGCUGAGAAGGUGCGAGCUCAGCUUCAGCGUGUGGAGUCUCCAGGCUGCAGAUCAGUGGCAGUGAAAUGGCAGCAGUUUAAUCCCACAGCGCCCCCUCCUGUUCAAGCUCCCUCACAGCUUCACGCUCUCUUCAGUGACUGUCACACACUGGUGUACGGCUUUGUGCCGCACUGCACUCAGGCCACAAUGUUUGGUGAUCUGAGUGGACAGGAAAUCAAAACGAUGGUGUCCACCACAGAACUUCAAAAGACUAAAGGAACUUUCCUUCACAAGUUAACAGCCAGAGCGAUCAUCAGAGACUAUGAGGAUGGCAUACUCGGAGACAGUGAGGCAGAACAUGAGGGGAAGAAGGCUGAGCUGAAGUCUUACAUCACUGAACUCAGUAAAGAGUUCUCCGUCUUGUCCCAGUUCACCAGCUUUGUCGCUAUCGAAGAGAGGGACCAGAAUCAGCUCGACACUGGGUUCACAGAUAUUUCUAAACUAAUACAAGAAGAAAAUGUGGAUAUUCUGCCAUAUAUGAGAUGGACUCAGAAGGAGCAGACAGCUGAGAGUUUGGAUGGAGAAGUGGGAGGGUCAGAGGAGUUUGUUAGCGGGGCUUUUGAUAUGGAAUGUUCCAAGGACAAGGAAGAUAAUAUAGAUUGUGAAAUGGCAAAUUUAUACGAUGCUGAUAUUUAUGCAGAUGUCUCUAAUGAUUUUGAGCCGCCUCCUCCCCCAUCUGCUCUUUUUGAGGAUGUGUAUCUUUCCUCUCGUCCUGCUCAAAAAAUGGGCGAAAUGAGAAUAUUUGAGCCUCAGAUACAGCCUUAUCGGAAGAGCAUGUUUGUGGUAACAACUCCUUCAAGUGACAUCAAAAUUGUUCCACAAUCAGUGGGAAUCUGUGAUGCUGUUUACAAAGAACGGACAAAAGAAUCAAUGCCUGACAGUAUGGUUUGUUCAAGGCCUAUUUUUAAAAAAAGAAGCCAUGCUAGAGGUUUCGGUGCCAGAGGCUUUAUCCCGAGGUCUCCGUCUCCACCUGUGACCCAGAUCGACUCCUCACUGCCUCCUGCUAAUUCUCUUCCUGCUGCCCCUCCUGUUUUGUCUAGGGAUUCAUAUUUUAGUUCAGCUCCAGCUCCUCUCUUUGGGGCUCCUCUUGCACCUAUGGGCUUUGGGGCUUCACUUCACAUGCUUUUCUCAGGGGCAGCUCCUCCAGCUCCAGUCUUUACGGCUCCUCCUCCGCCUCCAUUCUUAGGGACAGCUCCUCCAGCUCCAGUCUUUGCGGCUCCUCCUCCGCCUCCAUUCUUAGGGACAGCUCCUCCAGCUACAGUCUUUGCGGCUCCUCCUCCGCCUCCAUUCUUAGGGGCAGCUCCUCCAGCUACAGUCUUUGCGGCUCCUCCUCCGCCUCCAUUCUUAGGGACAGCUCCUCCAGCUACAGUCUUUGCGGCUCCUCCUCCGCCUCCAUUCUUAGGGGCAGCUCCUCCAGCUACAGUCUUUGCGGCUCCGCCUCCUUUGUCAUGGGCUGCAGCUCCUGUUUUUGGGGCUCAUCCUCCGCCUCCUUCACCAGGGUUUACGCAUCUGGUUCCUUGCCACGUGGCUCAACCUCUCCCUGGGGCUCCUCCUCCGCCUCCUGUCUUUCGGGCUCCUCCUCUGCCUCCUAACCUUGGAGCUUCUGGUCCAACUCCUGUCCUCAAGUCUUCUCUCUUUGGGUCUUCACCUCUGCUUGCUGCCUGUACGUCUUCUCCUCCAGUUGAACUCUUUGAGGCUUGUCUCAUGGAUUCCAUCUCAACAGAUUCCGUCAUGGGGAUGGGGUACUGUAGCUCUAGAAGGAUGAGACCGGUCCCCCCUUGUUUACCUUUCGAAAUGCAGGGUGCCGUUUCUUCUCGUCCCCAUCCUCCUUCUCCUCCUUCCUCCUCCCUUCUUUCAUCAUAUGCUGCAUUGAAAGGUCUUGGUUACUUCGAAAGGUCAGAGGCUUCUCCGCGUGCCCUUGAUUUAUUAGGCCCUAAAAUCAUAUCUUCAUCAGAUAUUGCUUCAUUGGAGUGCAGUGUUGAAGAACACAGCCGGUCAACUGCACCUGUCCUGGCUUUUAAAAAACGAAAAAAUAAACCAGCCAUGAAAGAAGGAUGCAGAUUACCUCAGACCGCCUGGGAAGAGCUGUUUCAGCUUCAACAUGAGGAUGGAUACUGGGACUGUACUGGGAGGCUGAGUAGCUUCCUCAACCUGGACAUUGACUUUUUUGCCAAUGUCUUCCUUAAGGAGAAAGGCAUUUGUUCCUUGGGUGCAAAGGCUCUUGCAGAUAUUCUGAGACUGGUGGCCACUCUGUUGGUGCUGCAGCUGAUUCGAGUGAAGAAGUUAGCAGAGGGAGAGCUGCUUCAGUCUCUCUUCAGUCUGAAAGAGUCACAGGGCCCGAGGCCUGUGCACUGGUAGUCUGUGAAGAAAGCAGUGGACUGGGCUUGUUGGGCAGACAGACAGUAUCCAUGUGUGUGCAGCAGGCUGGAGUUUGGCUGGGAUUGGGAAUCAUCCACACGUCAGUUACUGGGCUGUGAUUCACCCCUCCCGUACUCUCCACUUAUACCUGUUCUAGAGAGACGUGUGGGUUUGUGGGUGGUUUAGUAACUGAACACAUACAUUAUUUUAUUUCAUUCAUUUGUUGUUUCAAAAGUUUGCAAUGUGUAGAAGAUUGUCUGUGAUUCUACAGAGCCAUAAACAAUAUUUUAAAGAAUAGUUUACUCCAGAAUUUUAUUUCUGUUGCAUUUUUAUUUACCCUGUCAUUUUAUUUCACUGUUUGCUAGAAAUAUUUUCCUUUGCUGUUUUCACUGCAGUUUCAUUUGUGCUUGUAGAUCUGGUGUAGUGUUUGUAUGACUGGGUUAUUCCAUACUCUAUUGCUUUCAGCAAAUGAUAGUGUUCAUGUACAUGUAAAUACAUCACAAAGAGUAGAUCAAGCCAUAGCAGCCAGAUGGUUUCUCAGACAGUAUAUAAAAUAAGCCAGGAGCAGGCAUAGCCCUUAAUCGUUAUAGUUAACCUUGUCUUCAAAAUGGCUUUUUGGAACACCGAUAAAUACCGAUUACUAGGACCAUGGAGACCAGGGCCCUUAUUCGUGAAAAAUCUUAGCGCAAAGAGUUGCUUCUAGUGACAAAAUUAUAAGAAAAUUAGCGUUUCCCCUUAGAAAUACAGAAAAGAACUUGGUAAAGAAAAAAAUAAUUCAUAAAGCAUCUUAACCCUUAAAAGAGCUCUUAAGGGCCAAAAUUGUAGGAGUAGCGAGGAGGACUUUUAAGAGACUUGAGUUUCUUUAGCAGCAGAGAAAAUGGACGAAACACGAAAAGUGAGAAGAAAUGUGUUGCAAUGCAUGACAAUUUCUAUAUUACUUUUAAGGUUUAUCAGAUUUUUCAUUGUUUUUGUGUGCGUGUGUGUUCAACUUUUGAUUAUCUUGGUUUUGGUUUUUUGUAUAGCUGCUUUGAUGCAAAUUGUAAAAGCACUAUAAAAUAAAAUUACAUUGAAUUGAA